UUUCCGUACUUCCCCACGGUCACGUGGUGCAAACAACACAUACUGCCGCGAAAAUCGGCUCUUUCGCGCGGGUUCGUGUUGAGUCUUUAGAGCAGGAGAUCCACCGGAUUAUUUGCUUUUUAUUUACAGAGUGAAAUUAAUAAUGUUCUGUGAAAAGGCAGUCGAGCUUGUAAGAGAACUCCACCGGAUGACUGAUGGCCAGUUGCCUGCUUUUAACGAGGACGGUAUCCGGCAAGUGCUUGAAGAAAUGAAAGCUUUAUACGAGCAAAACCAAAGUGAUGUGAAUGAAGCAAAGACAGAGGGCAAAUCUGAACUAAUACCAACCAUCAAGUUUCGUCACUGCUGUUUGUUGAGGAACCAGCGGUGUAUUGCAGGCUACCUUUACGACCGGCUCCUGCGAAUUCGCGCUCUCAGAUGGGAGUAUGGAAGUGUGUUGCCCACAACAAUUCGCUUCCACAUGUGUGCAGAGGAGUUGGAGUGGUUUAAUCAGUACAAGAAGUCGUUGGCCACAUACAUGAGGUCUCUUGGAGGAGACGAGGGUUUGGACAUAACACAAGACAUAAAACCCCCCAAGAGCUUGUACAUUGAGGUGCGCUGCCUGAAAGAUCAUGGGGAGUUUGAGAUCGAUGAUGGGACAGUUAUUCUCUUGAAGAAGAAUAGCCAGCAUUUUCUGCCCCGAUGGAAGUGUGAGCAGUUGAUUCGCCAGGGAGUACUCGAGCACGUCAUUUCCUAAUGUCACAUACCAUCAAGCUGCUUUUGAUUAAAGCGAGCUUUUGGAGUUACUCGCUUUAAUUAUCCAUUGUGUCAAGUAGUUGUAUCUGUGGCAAUAAUUCAUAUCAUUUCUAAAAUCACUGAUCACGUGUGCUGCUGCAGGAAAUUCUACUGUCAAACUGAUUCAUGUAUAUUUCAUCUGCUUAACACUGCAGCAUGUCUUAAGCAGUACUGUGUUUUUUUUUUUUAAUGAAUUCAGUGAAUGUAAUACAAUUGUAUUUGAAGAAGAAUCAAUAAAAUUACAGCUUUUGCAAGACA